GCAGCGACUCCUGUGGGCGGGAGCUUAAAGGGCGAACUGGAAUUCCUUGAAUGUUGCAGCGGAUUUGAUCUGGAAACCGCUGAGAUCCAAUGCAUUUCGGGAGCCCACAGGGACUUCGAAACUGAAAGCGGGUUGGAAUCAGGAAGUGCUGAGUGUGAACAUGGACUCCGGGCAGCAGCCCGGGAGCUGGACCGAAGAUGUAAAUUGCUCCAUUUGCCUUGAUUUCUUCACCGAUCCGGUUUCACUGGAGUGUGGACACAACUUGUGCCGCUCCUGUAUCACACGGUGUUGGGCACAGGCGGAGAGGAAUUUCUGCCCGGAAUGUAGAGAGGAGUUUCCGGAGAGAAAACUCACGGUCAACAGGAAUUUAGCGAGAUUGGCGGAGAAGGCUCGAAAAUUAAAGGUGAAUCCGGGAGGGAAUGAAAAUAAACUUCACUGUGAGGAACAUCAGGAAGAAUUGAAACUGUUCUGCGAAACUGACAAGAAACUGAUCUGUUUGAUUUGUAGAGAUUCGCGGGAACACAAAUCUCACAAUUUCAUGCCGAUUAAAGAAGCUGUUGAAAUCUACAAGGAUCAGCUGAAAUCAUCUUUACAAUCUCUCACAGAGAAGAAAUCGGUGUUUCUGGAAACGGAACUGAAACAGAUACGGAAGAUUUCCGAAGUUAGGAAACAGUCGAGCAGUCUGCAAACCCACAUCACAUCCGACUUCAGGAAAAUGCACCAGAUUCUCACUGGGAAAGAGCAGCGUUUACUCCGAGAUCUCAGGAGAGAAGAGGAGGGGAUUCUAGGAAUGAUGAAGAAAAACCUCCGAGAAAUUCAAGGGAAUUUAUGUUCUAUUGAGGAUGAGCUUUUGAAGUUGCAGAAACAGAUGGAACAACAAGACGAAGUGAAAUUUCUGAAGGAGGAAGUCUGUCAGAAGAGCAGAACCGGCGAGAACUAUAAAGUACUGUCAGCAGCAGAUGCCACCCUAUCUAUUGGAAAGUUCAGUGGCCCUUUACAGUACACAGUGUGGAGAGAAAUGUUUGGCAUCAUUAACCCUGUUCCAGCCUCUCUGACUUUGGAUCCAGACACAGCCCAUCCCCAGCUCAUCGUGUCUGAGGACCGCACCAGUGUAAGACUCGGAGACAAACAGCAACUGCCCUCUGACACACCAGAGAGGUUUGAUCACUGUGCCUUCAUCCUGGGAUCAGAGGGAUUCACAUCGGGGAGACACUACUGGGAGGUGGAGGUGGGCAACAAGACAGAGUGGUUUAUGGGACUGGCCCAAGAAUCUGUCAACAGGAAAGGAGGAAUCAGUCUAAGACCUGAGACCGGAUACUGGGCUGUGUGGCUACUGCCCGAUUGCGACUAUGUCGCUGGCACAUUCCCCUCACGAAUUCGUCUGUUCCCAAGAGUGAAUCCCACAAGAAUUGGGGUGUACCUGGACUAUGAGGCUGGACAGGUGUCAUUUUACAUUGUGGACAACAUGUUCCAUCUCCACACUUUCACCCACACUUUCACUGAGAAACUCUUUCCCUUCUUCUGCCCGGGAUUGAAGCAUGGCGGGAAAAACACUGCACCGCUGACAAUCCGUGGGGUUAAAGGUCAUUAACGGCACAAUCCCAUAAUUCCACAUUGCCUACCAUUCUUCCGUCAGCUACAAGCUGCUGGGUGUCAGUUUCUGUCACAGGUGGCGCAGAUGGUCAAAAUGUCAUCUGAGGUCAGAGCAAGCACAAACAAGUAACAAUGUCUUGUUGGUGAUCAUUGUUUAUUCAUUGCUGUGGAACAAACUCAUGACAAUUGCUCCUGAGGCUCAUGUAAAAUGAAGUUUAAGAGGCUUGAGAAUACGAAUAAUCAGCAGGGCACAAUGACAGGGAGCAUUAAAACUCGAGCAGAAAUACUCCAAGAAAUACAGCACUAACUUCAGUUGGGAAGAUCAAGGUGAAGAGGUGGGGGUAAAGGAGUUGGAUGAGUUAGAAAGCUAGCGGACAGUAAAUGACAAAGGAAAAACAGAAUUACCUGGAAAAACUCAGCAGGUCUGGCAGCAUCGGCGGAGAAGAAAUGAGUUGAUGUUUCGAGUCCUCAUGACCCUUCAACAGAACUCGAGACCAUCUGAGGUGCAGCAAAUUUAAUAACAUCUGAAGGAAAUAAAAAGUGUUAUGAACUAUGUAUUGCUUUAAGUUGAAUUCAUAUAAACAUAUAUAUAUAUUUGUUUUUUUUUAAUUUCAUGCAUGGGAUGUGGGCGUCACUGGCUAGGCCAGCAUUUACUGUCCAUCCCUGACUGCCCUUGAGAAGGUGGUGGUGAGCUGUGUUCAGAAAGGUAAAAAUGGUUCAGUUCCAUUUAGGUUUUGUUUAUGAACCGCGGUGCCUGGGCGACUGGAUUGACUUGUGAUUAAAAGGUUUCAAGUCUUUUGAGUUUGUUUGUAUAUUUAGUUUUUAAUGAGGUCUUACAACUCCUGAGUUAAAGAGAUGGGUUAAAAGGGGUUGAAAGUUCAGUAAUCCUGGAAAAAAAAGUGAAAAGGCUUUACUGUUUCCUAGCGACAGUGCUCCAGUGACGCAGACACGCAAAAGACAGGAGCUGAGAGAGAAUGUUCAGUGUAUGUCAAAUAGAGAAAAUUUGAAUUUUAAGCCCUCCGAGAAGAAAAACUGCGAGGCUAGUGGGACAAUAAUCAACUAAACAAUCAGAUUUGUAACUCAGUAAAGUGAUCAGUUUAGCGAAGGUGCUACUGGAAUACUGAGUUUAGGGAACUCAUCUGUUUGUUCUGCUGUUGAAGAAACAGUGAAUUUAGAGUGUGGCUUUUGAGUCUCUUUUGAGAGAGAUGCGGGUUGGGUGAGAAACAUCAAGUGAAUGCUCAAGAAUUCACCAGAAGAAAGCUAUUUGCAACUGUGCCAGUCGCUAAGUGAGAAACCAUUCUGUCAUGCGAGUGGUAACUCUUCGCUGGGUUUAUGUGUCAGUAAGGAUGUUGCUGGGGUAAAGGAAUAGUGGGAAUUUGUGUUUGUAUUGAGAUCUUUCCAGCCUUUUUGUCUGGUAUAAUAUAAUUCACUUUUUUUGUUUUAAUAAAUAUUUUGUUCUUUGUGUUAAAAGUU